AGCCCAGCUCUCUAGUAUUUAAAUCUAAAAGCUGUGUAUAAGGGGUUCUACUCAAAUCACCGCAGAACGAAUUUCAAACUAUCAAUACCCACCAGUAUUAUUCAAAAAGAGACUCACGAUGGCAGCAUCACAGAAGCCGGGGCAUUCCCUCAAGUACGACCCCGAGUUCGGGGCGUUCUGGGCAAAACUUGGCGGUGCAGUCCAACCAUCGCCUGAGCAGCCGAUAGCUGAGUUACGUGAAGCCAACGACGGCUUCAUGCGUGCCAUGUUCGCUCAGUUCCCAGCACAACCUCACGUUAUCAGAACGAAGCACUCAACUAAGUCACACGAUGGCGCCGAGAUCGAUGUCUACCGGUAUGCCACUGAGGAACAGAGAUCCAGCAAGACGCCACUACCGGCAGUCUUGCACAUACACGGCGGAGGUAUGAUGGCUGGAUCCGUCGACAUCUUCGCACCUUAUAUCGCUGGCCUAGUCAACGACACAGGCGUCCAAUUCUUCGCUGUCGAGUACCGUCUUGCGCCUGAGCACCCCGACCCUACUCCGAUCGAAGAUAGCUACGCAUCCCUCAAGUGGGUCCUAGAGCACGCUGCUGAAUUCAACGUCGACGCCACACGGCUCGGUGUUAUGGGUGACAGUGCUGGUGCCGGUCUUGCUGCAGGGACGGCGCUCCUAGCUCGCGACCGUGGCUUAGAACCUCGACUAAAGAAGCAAAUCCUUAUCUACCCCAUGCUUGACGACAGAACCAUCUCAGCCUACCACGCUCCCGGCUACGAGAAUCCACUAAAGGAAUUCGUGGUCCUCCCCACAGACACCCUCGUCCGCUGCUGGGAGUUUUACCUUGGCAAGGACAGGGCAGGCAAGCCCGAAGCCGAUGUGAGCCCCUAUGCAGCACCAUCGCGAGCAAAGGACUUGAGUGGACUCCCCCCUGCAUAUAUCGAAGUCGGCAACCUCGACUGGUUCAGAGACGAGUCGAUCGACUAUGCCACACGAUUGACCAACGCGCACACCGAAGUUGAAUUUCACAUCUUCCCUGGUGUACCUCACGGGUUCGAGGUGGCUGGUCCCAUCAGCACGACCAAGAAAGCUGUAGAGCUACGAGUCAAGGCCAUACAAGACCUGUAAAUAAUGAGAUAGAUGAAGAAUCACUCGAGUAAAACAUCGAGAAAAUAAGAGUCAAUGUUUGUUAACUCUCACCAACUUUAGUGCCGAAUACCAAUGAGUAUCUAUCUUAUGUGCCUAAUGCAAUGAACCUGUAAUUAAAAUGGUAGCCACGAAGCUCGCGUGUAGAAACAUAGUGCAAAUUACAUAGGACAAGUCAAAA